AGGGUUUUUAAUUUCUUUGUACAACUCUCCAAAAUUUCUUAAAAAAAAAAAAAGAAAAAGGAAAAAUAAUAAUAAAAAAUAAAGUUUCAUAUUUGAAGAUUCUUGUUUGGCAUCUAUAUAUUGGAAAGCUUUCUCCUUUGUAUCUUGUCUUGGGAUUUGUGCUGCUGAUUUUUGUUGAUCUCUCUUUCUGUCUCUCUGGGCUUUGCUGCCCUUUUGCCAUUGAAAUCCAUGAUCUUCAGCACCCCAUGGACCCAUCUCCCGUGCACACCACUCCUUCACUCCAUGAAGAAGAAGAUGAGUGGGACACUGAUGGAUUUGUGAUUCCAAGCUUGGGAAUUGAAGAAUCAGAUAAAACUCAGGCUGAUGCUUCAGAAGUAGAAACAUCAAAAUCUCCUUCACAGACUAAAAAAGAAGAGAACAUAUACUUGGGACCACACGGUGCUCCUCCUUCACAAUCAAGGCAGCAAGAGCUGAAUCUGUCCAGCCGUAAGCAACGGUUUAAACAGAAACUGAAAGAAGCUGAUAGAAGGAUCAGUGGUACAGGGCGGGAGAAUAAGGUGGAAAAUUUAAGAGAGCUCGUAGGUGGUGGGAAAGCAAGUCCCAACAUGUCCAAGGGUACUCCCAGGGAUUGGCUUGAUCCUCAUUGCGAUGAGUCACAAUUUGAGAAGUGGUACCCCCAGUGAGUGGAGCUUUCUGCUUUCCUUAGCUUAAGAUAUUUAUGAUAAGUGAAUUAUGAUAAGUGUUUUGACAAUAAUCCAUCAGGCAAACCAUUUGGUUUCAAUUCUAAUGCAGAAGAUGUUAAAGUUCUUUUACUGCAAUUUUCUUCUAUUAAUGCAGAAGAAAUUAUGUAAGGUUCCA